AUUCAAUCCUUGGUCAAAAACGGUGAGCAGCCGACGUCCGAGUGGCGGCGACUUCGAUGCAUUCCCAUUGGAUGGUUUGCAUCAUAUGACCAUGCACGGAAGAGGCUUCCUGAGGCUGAGGAGUUGUCAGACCUCUACAGUGAGAUUGAACAGCCGAAGAGGCGGCGUAGGCGAGCCAGGCGCUAUAGCACGGACUCAGACUCUGAUGACAGCUACCAGUUUGCUGUAUCCUUACCACUGCCAUCGCCACCAGCAUCUGCCUCGCCGUUGCAUCCAAAGCAACGUCCUGAUCGUAACACAGAGCUACUAAACCGAUCAACUCUAUGUGGUACUCAAGACAGGAGCCACAACCAGGUCACAAAGGCCCGUCUAGAUCAGUUCAGGAGACACAAGACUGCCAGAUCAGAGUCAGCUCUUCAGUGCAGAGAUCCUCAAGCAAGUGACAGCGCCAUGCCAAGCUGUUCCACAGCAGGAAGUGAUUUCAGGGCAGGAACCCCCCAUUUUAGUGCUGCAACAGGGUUGGUGCCACUCCAAAAUGAGCCUCAGGCAACUCGUUCCGAUCAUGUCACUCCAAAUUUUUUCAAGGAGAUCUUGCCCCUACUGCACAUCAUCCAAUUCAAGCUGAAUGAACAUGCACUGAAGUUAGAGUUGCUAACCACCCUGGUCUCGAACAGCAACGACGAGAACAUUCUUGUCUCAGGCGAAUCCUUUGGGCCCUUCAAUGAACUCGCAACGUUUUUAGACUUUGAUGCUUCUGUGGCAAGCUCCGAAGAGAAAAAAAAACGGCUGAUGGUCUCCUGGGGCAAGUACGGGGGUUCUUCUGGACCUGACAUGACAAGGAGAAUUCUCGUUGGACUGCUUUCCGACGACAUCGCUGUUCAGUACAGCUUCAAGGGGGGUAAAGGCAAGCGCAAGUUUAACGAACUCGCCUGCUGGGAAAUCAUUAAAGAAACUGUUAAAGCGCAGGGUAAGCUUUCUGGUGCCACGGAUUAUGAUGUCGAACAAACAGUUAAGUCAUGGUUGGCCCAUUCAAAGGAGAGACUGGACAAAGCAGCCAAAAAUUUUGGUGUUACUUCUUCGCCAUUAGCCCAAUACAGGAGCAGGUAGCUCCAGAGAUUUUGGUGUUACUUCUUCGCCAUUAGCCCAAUACAGGAGCAGGUAGCUCCAGAGAUUUUGGUGUUACUUCUUCGCCAUUAGCCCAAUACAGGAGCAGGUCGCUCCAGAGAUUUUGGUGUUACUUCUUUGCCAUUAGCCCAAUACAGGAGCAGGUAGCUCCAGAGCGACAUCUUUGAAGAAUUUUUACGCCUAAGACGUUGUUAC